UUCUCAACAAGGGAAACUGUACUUGGGGAGGAAUCCGAUCUCCAUAUUUCUUCUUUCAGCUUCAUCAAGGGUCGUGGUUGGAACCUUCCAUCAAUUCUUUUCUUUUUCUUCCUUUCUUUUUUUCCCUCUCUCUCCCUCUCUCUAGCCCUUGCCUGUUGCUCUCUCUGCCUGUCACAGUCAAGUCAGCUGCAGGCCUCCUCCACCGUGUGGCUGGGACAUUGUGAAAUGUGUCAGAAGGGUGUCAGGUAUUUCUUGCUGGCUUCCCAAAAACGGAGAUAAAGAAGUCUUUCCCGGGGUGCCCCUCUCAGGCUACUUUUGGGCACUGUCUUGAGUUGAAGCAGAAGGAGGUGAAGGGCGACAGCAAAAGAGCCCGGGAGAAGAUGCCCGGGGGCUGCCGGCCAGCGGGUGAGCACUCCUGGGGCAGACGUACCUGCCUCGCUAUGCUCAGCCAAAGUCAAGUUAGUCUCUAUUGACAGUUCAAGCCCAUGGAGACCAUGCUGCUCUUCCUUGUCACUCUGUUGCCGGUAGUUUUUAGUCUCCCAGCACUCCGUCCCUGGAGCUGUCCUGAAGGCUCCCCCUCGGGCAAUGGGAGCUCCACGUGUGCAGGUCCUGCACCCUUCUUAAUUUUCUCUCAUGGAAAUAGCAUCUUUAGGAUUGACCUGGAAGGAACCAAUCAUGAGAAAUUGGUGACAGAUGCUGGUGUAUCAGUGAUCAUGGACUUUCAUUACAAUAAAGAAAGAAUCUAUUGGCUAGAUCCAGAAAGACAACUUUUGCAAAGAGUUUUUCUGAAUGGGACAAGGCAAGAGAGAGUAUGCACUAUAGAGAAAAAUGUCUCAGGAAUGGCAAUAAAUUGGAUAAAGGAAGAACUUAUUUGGUCAAAUCAACAGGAAGGAAUCAUUACAGUCACAGAUAUGAAAGGAAACAAUCCCCGUGUUCUCUUAAGCACCUUAAACUAUCCUGCAAACGUAGCCGUCGAUCCAGUAGAAAGGUUUAUAUUUUGGUCUUCAGAGGUGGCCGGCAGCCUUCACAGAGCAGACCUCAAAGGUGUGGAAGUGAAGAUUCUGUUCGAGACAUCAGAGAAAAUAACAGCUAUGUCACUGGAUGUGCUUGAUAAACGGCUCUUUUGGAUUCAGUACAACAGAGAAGGGAGCAAUUCUCGCGUUUGUUCCUGUGAUUAUGAUGGAGGUUCUGUCCAUUUCAGCAAACAUCUUGCACGGCACAAUUUGUUUGCAAUCUCCGUUUUUGGAGACCGUCUCUUCUACUCAACAUGGAGAAAGAAGACGAUUUGGAUAGCCAACAAACACACGGGGAGGGAUAUGGUUAGGAUUAACCUCAACUCAUCACUUGCACCACCUGGUGGAAUUAAAGUAGUACACCCACUUGUACAGCCCAAGGCAGAGCCUGAUGCUGGGAUGUCUGAUCAGAAACUCUGCAAACUGAGGAAAGGGAACUGCAGAGGCAGCGUGUGCGGGCCAGCCCCGAAGCCCUAUCUGUGCGCGUGUGCGGAGGGCUACGCCCUAAGCCGGGACGGGAAGCGCUGUGAAGAUGUCAAUGAAUGUGCCUUUUGGAAUCAUGGCUGUACUCUUGGGUGUGAAAACACCCCUGGAUCCUAUUAUUGCACAUGCCCUGCAGGAUUUGUCCUGCUUCCUGAUGGGAAACGGUGUCACCAAUUAAUUUCCUGUCCAAGCAAUGCAUCUGAAUGCAGCCAUGACUGUGUUCUGACUUCAGAUGGUCCCAUAUGUUUCUGUCCUGAAGGCUCAGUGCUUGAGCCAGAUGGAAAAACAUGUAGUGGCUGCUCAUCACCUGAUAAUGGUGGAUGUAGCCAACUCUGCCUCGCUCACAGCCCAGUAUCCUGGGAAUGUGGCUGCCUUCCUGGGUAUGACCUUCAACUGGACAAAAAAAGCUGUGUAGCUUCAGGACCACAGCCGUUUUUGCUGUUUGCCAAUUCUCAAGAUAUUCGACACAUGCAUUUUGAUGGAACUGAUUAUGGAACCCUACUCAGCCAGCAGAUGGGAGCGGUUUUCGCUCUAGAUCAUGACCCUGUGGAAAAUAAGGUAUACUUUGCCCAUACAGUCCUGAAGUGGAUAGAGAGAGCCAAUAUGGAUGGUUCCCAGCGAGAAAGGCUCAUCGAGGAAGCAAUAGAUGCUCCCGAAGGUCUUGCUAUAGACUGGAUUAACCGUAAACUCUAUUGGACAGACAGAGGGAAAUCUGUCAUUGAAGGCAGUGAUUUAAGUGGAAAACAUCGUGAAAUACUCAUUAAGGAGGAUGUCUUUCAGCCUCGAGGAAUCGCUGUUCAUCCCAUGGCCAAGAGAUUAUUCUGGACUGACAUGGGGAUUAAUCCACGAAUUGAGAGUUCUUCUCUUCAAGGCGACGGCCGGCUGGUUAUCGCUAGCUCUGAGCUGGUCUGGCCCAGUGGAAUAACGAUCGAUUUCUUAACUGACACGUUGUAUUGGUGCGAUGCCAAGCAGUCUGUGAUUGAAAUGGCCAAUCUGGAUGGUUCAAACCGCCAAAGACUUGCCCAGAACGAUGUAGGUCACCCGUUUGCUGUGGCUGUGUUUGAGGAUCACGUGUGGCUCUCCGACUGGACCAUGCCAUCGGUAAUAAGGGUGCACAAGAGGACUGGCAAAAACAGGGUACGUCUCCGAGGCAGCAUGCUGAAGCCCUCAUCACUGGUUGUAGUUCAUCCAUUGGCAAAACCAGGAGCGGAUCCCUGCUUAUUCCAAAAUGGAGGCUGUGAACAUAUUUGCAAAGAGAAGUUUGGAAUUGCUCGGUGUUCAUGUCGUGAAGGUUUUGUGAAAGCCCCAGGUGGGAAGAAGUGUCUGGUUCUAAAUGUUCAUCAGAUAUCGGCAGGUAGCAACGCAGAUCUAAGUAAUCAAGUAAUGCCAUCAGGCAUCUUAUCCAGCAGUCGAGGAUCUGAAGAUAACAUUACAGACUCUCAACAUAUGCUGGUGGCUGAAAUCAUGGUGUCAGAUGAAGAUGACUGUAGUCCCGUGAGAUGUGGUCCACACUCUCAGUGCGUCUCAGAGGGAGAGGUUGCCACGUGUCAGUGUUUGAGAGGAUUUGCUGGGGAUGGAAAAGUAUGUUCUGAUAUUGACGAGUGCGAACUGGGCGUGCACACCUGUGGGGAAAAUUCCACCUGUACAAACACAGAGGGAAACUACACCUGCCUGUGUGCCAGCAGCCUGUCUGAACCCCAGCGGAGUUGCCCCGACUCGACUCCACCCUCUCACCGCAAGGAGGAUGGGCGCCAUUCUGUGAGAAAUGGUUACUCGGAAUGCCCCCCGUCCCACGCCGGGUACUGCCUCCACGGCGGCAUGUGUAUGUACAUUGAAGCCGUGGACCGCUACGCAUGCAACUGUGUCGUGGGCUACGUCGGGGAGCGCUGUCAGCACCGCGACCUGAAAUGGUGGGAGCUGCGCCACGCGGGCCGCGGGCGGCAGCGGAGCAUCACGGUGGUGGCCGUCUGCGUGGUGGUCCUGGUCCUGCUGCUGCUGCUGGGGCUGUGGGGCGCCCACUACCACAGGACUCAGAAGCUGCUAUCGAAAAAUCCAAAAAACCCUUACGAAGACUCGAACAGAGAUGUGAGCGCCAGGCCUGCAGAUGGAGAGGCUGGGAUGUCCCCUGGCCCCCAACCUUGGUUUGUGGUUCUAAGGGAACACCAGAGUCUUGGGGAUGGGACUCGACCUGUGGCCCCCCAGGACGGCCAGGCAGCAGAUGUUGGCCAGUUUACCUCCCUGGAGUCUGGGUCAGUGCAACCGAUAUUGUUUAUGAAGGAGCCCCAGAUGCGUGUGGGCACAGGGUACGGCGGCUGCGUUCCACCACCCAGUGGUAAUGGCUCUGUCCCCCAGAGGAUGGAAGGUAGCUUUCCUCUCCCCUCCUCUGGGGCACAGCCCAAGGCUGAGGGGGUGGAGAAGCCCCAUUCUCUCUGGUCGGCUAACCCAUCCUGGCAACAAAGGGCCCCGGAUCCACCACAGCAAGUGGAGCUGACUCAGUGAAAACUGGAAGUUGAAGAAGAACACACUGUAUGUGUGGACGGACGGUAAUGCUUUGUUUCAAAAAGAAGAGGGAAAGAAAAUACACAUCUGACUCCUCAAUCUCUACAACUAAUCACCUGCUCCGCAUCCUGGAAGCAAAUAUGAACUGUGUUUUUGCUUCUUCCUUCAAAGAAGUCCUGCUCCGGAUUUUCACAUCAGAGUAACUGGGAGAACCACUAGAUAACUCAUUAGAAACCAAAUGGGGACAGUGUUGCUUUAUAAAUUGUGUGGUCUUCAAUAAUCAAUACAGAUAGAUUCUUUUUCCCCUGCAGCCCCAGAAGAAAUCUGGGGUUGAAGCAGGCAAUCACACAGGUUUGGCCAGUUAUAAUGUAAUUGGACAGAACAUUUAGCGCAAUCUUAUGAAAUGGUUAGAAUAUUAAAAUUACUGUUAUAAUACAUUGCAGGCAUUUAAUUUAUCACUAUUUAACUUACCCAAGCUGGUAAUUUUGAGAACGAAUUAUAAUAAAUUAAUGGAAGAUGUACUCAUUUAAAAUCUGAUUUCCUCAGAAUUAGAUGACUUAUUUUUCUAUCUAAAAAUCUUUAAAUGAAAAUGUUACCCAACAGACCUCAGUGUUUCUUAGGCAUUGCUCUCCUCUCCCCCUGAGAAGUUUUUUCUAAUGAAAAUGAUAAAUUUGCCCUGUAUGUGUUUGCACAUAGUUUUACUUAUUUUCAAAUGUGAGAUUGUAAGCAAAUUGCCAGAUUUAUUUUCAUUAUGAACAGCAAUUGAUUUCUUCUAAUUAUUUAAAUAAAAUCACUGUAAAAGAUAAA